CAUAUCGACCUACUGAAAGACUUGCAAGGGAUCGCUAAGGCAGUUUUUUUGUUUCGAGGAGGCGAACGGGGGAGGUUGGGCAUUACUAUCAGGUGGCGCACUGAAGGCGCAAUUUCCCCCGCUCGAGGCGGGGGCGGUGCUGCCCCUCCCGGCCCGGGCCCCUCGCGCUUCCCGCCGUCUCCAUGGCGCGCGGGGACGCGGCCAAUGGGAGGGCGCGGCGCGGGCCACGUGGCCGCCCGGCGUGGGUGUGUAAUGGCGUCCGGGGGGCCCGGCGGGAGUGGAGCCGCCGAGGCGAUGGAGCCGCCGAGGGGGGAAGGCGCUGAGCCUGCGGGCACCGGCAGCGAGAGUGACUCCUGCGGCUCCUCGCUGUCUGCGAGCUCCGAUGAUCUUGAGCCUGAAUGGUUGGAUGGUGUGCAGAAAAACGGGGAAUUAUUUUAUUUAGAAUUGAGUGAAAGUGAAGAAGAAACUUUGUUCCAGAACAGCUGUCCAGAAAUGCCAGCAGUGAAUCAUGUCAGGUUUCGUGAAAAUGAAGCUGAAAUUAUUCAAGAGGAAUCACGAAAGGAAAGGAAGUAUGAACUGAAGAAAUGGACCAAAAUAUUAAAAAAGAAAAAUCUUUUACCAAAGCAUUCUGGUAAGAAAGGCAGUGGAAGCUGUAAUGUGCACUCCACUGGUCCUACUUCCAUAUUGAAACACCCAUCCACACAGAAAAUGGGUGUCACUGUUCCACAAAAGUACAAAGAUGUGUAUGUUUAUGUAAAUCCCAGAAAACUGUACAGUGCUGGAGAAGAGGAGCAGCAGAGGCUGCUGGAGGCCUUAGUGGGAAUUGUCCAUCAGUCCUCAUGGAGCAGCAGAAGAGUGGAGAAACAAGGCAGGAAGGAUAAAGUCAUCAGAGGAGUUGGAGAAGAGAAGCUUGUGGUACAUGGCUUGGUGCCAGGUAGUUCUGCAGUGAAAACAGGUCAAAUCUUGAUCGGAGAUGCUUUAAUUGCUGUCAAUGAUGUCGAUGUGAAUUCUGAAAAUAUAGAAAGGGUUUUGUCUUGCAUUCCAGGUCCUAUGCAGGUUAAACUUACAUUUGAAACCUCAGUAUUUGAGCCUGAAGUAACUUCUCAGCAAAUGAACAAACAGGCACAGUCAAGUAUGAACAAUCUGGUUCGGCUCCUGUGGGGAGAAGACAGUACAGACCUUCAGCAGGCUGUUCAGGACGUGCCUCAUAUUGUCAUGUUCCUCACACUGAAACUGGACUCUGAAACAUCCAAGGAUGAGCAAGAAAUUCUUUAUCAGUACCCCAUAUCUGAAGCAUCCCAAAAACUGAAAAGUGUGAGAGGAAUAUUUCUCACACUGUCUGACAUACUGGAAAAUGUUACUGGUACCGAGAUUAUCAGUUCCUCCCUUUUCUUAUGUGAAAAACUGGUUCAAGUUGUUUACUGGAAAGAAUCUGACAAGUUGCUCAUAAUUGGCCUUCCUGAAGAGAAUGUGCCACUUUCUCAGCUGAGGAACAUGAUUGAAGAUGUUGUCAGGACCUUAAUGUUUAUGUACGGUUCUUUGGACAGUGCUUUUUGCCAGGUGGAAAAUGUUUCUCGCCUCGAUCAUUUUUUCAACCUGUUCUUCCAGCGUGCACUUCAGCCUGUGAGGCUCGAGCCGAGUGCCAGCCCCAGUGCUCAGCACUACGAGACCUGUAGUGCCUUGUUCUUGGACAAUCUCCCAGGCCUGCGCUGGCUGACGCUGCCUCGGGAGAUCAAGAUGGAAAUUGACACGGCACUGAGUGAUCUGGAAGCAGCUGACUUCGCAGAGCUGUCUGAAGAUUAUUAUGACAUGAGAAGAUUAUAUAUGAUUUUGGGCUCUUGUCUCUUCUACAAGGGUUACUUGAUUGGUAAUCACUUGCCAAAGGAAGAUCUUAUUGAUAUAGGUUUAUACUGUCGGCACUACUGUCUGUUACCCUUGGCAGCAGAACGGAGAAUCGGUCAGUUAGUGAUGUGGCGGGAAGUAUUUCCACAGCAUCAUAUCCAGCCAUGCGAAGGUUCAAGUUUUACAGGAUACAGGGAACCUGAAGCAAGAUACUUCUUACUGAUAGUUGGCUUGAGACACUUCAUGUUGUGUGUCCUACUAGAGGCAGGAGGCUGUGCAUCCAAAGCUAUUGGGAAUCCAGGACCAGACUGUAUAUAUGUAGAUCAGGUCAAAGCAACCAUACUCCAACUGGAAGGAAUAGGUGCCAGCAUAGAGGAAAGGCUGGAUUCUCCUUCCAUUCCACCUUUAGCUUGUGCUGACUGGUUCCUUCCUGCAACACGUGACAAACUGGAGAGCUUGACCACCUCGCCUAUCCUAAGCAAAAUACAAAACACUUGCAAACCAGCGACUACUCCAGCAAGCAGAAGAUCUCUGUUUGGGGACUCUUCCCUAACAACACAGAUGCUGAGCCCUACGAGAAACAGUGGAGGACCCCAACAGGGUAACGAAGGUCCUGCAGAAGAUGAAAGCACUAAUCCACAACCUGUAGUGGAUCAGGCCACUAGAAAAAAACACAUCCUGCCAAAUCCAUGUCAUUUAGGAAAUCUAAAAAAGAACCUUUCAGAGAAAGAUAAAGAACUUCUUAAUGCUAUCAAGUUGACAUCUGGUCCUGAGAAUACUCUCUUCCACUAUCUCUCUUUGGAAAUGAUGCAAGGAAUCUUUAUAACUCCAACUCACAAAGAAGUAGCACAGCUCGGUGGCUCCAUCCACCCUCAGUUAAUCGAGAAUUUCUAUCGGUGCUGUCUUUCAAUUCGUUCCAUUUUUCAGCAAUCCAUUAGGAAAGAGAAAAAGGAAAAGGCAGGCAGUGGAAUUUCAGAAUUUAGUAAGGCAGCUGAGGACACAGGUCUCGUAAGAGAACAUGGUGUUUUGUUUGAGUGCUCUCCUGAUAACUGGACUGACCAGAAGAAACCACCACCAACAAUGAAUUACUGGGUUGUGGGAGCAUGUAUAUCUUUAGGAUCCAAGACCCGAGCCAUUGGGAAUGCAGCAAAGAGCCAGAUCGUCACAAAUGUAAAAAAUGCAUUACAUGGUUUCAAAAAACUGCAUGGAAGAGCAUUUGAAGAUCCUUACAUACAAGCUGAGAGGGCCAAACUUCCCUAUGAACUUCAGAAGAUGCCUAAUGGCUCUGUGGGAGUAAAGGUGAGAUACCUUGAUGAAGAGAGACUUUUUGCAGUUGAACAGAUUACAGGAAUGUUAUUGGCCAAACUGAAAGAGACUUCAGAAAGUGCUUUGAAGAAGCCAGUGGCAGACUGUGUGAUCUCAGUCCCUAGUUUCUUCACUGAUGCUGAAAGAAGGUCUGUAAUGGCAGCUGCACAGAUUGCAGGAUUAAAUUGUCUGAAGCUGAUGAAUGAAACUACAGCAGUUGCAUUAGCCUAUGGAAUAUACAAGCAAGAUCUGCCAGCCUUGGAAGAGAAGCCAAGAAAUGUGGUCUUUGUAGAUAUGGGACAUUCUGCAUAUCAGGUUUCCAUCUGUGCUUUUAACAAGGGAAAACUGAAGGUCUUGGCUACUACCUUUGACCCUUUUGUAGGUGGUAGGAAUUUUGAUGAGGCUUUGGUAGACUACUUCUCUGAAGAAUUUAGGACAAAAUACAAACUGAAUGUAAAAGAGAAUCCGCGAGCACUGUUGCGAUUGUAUCAGGAAUGUGAAAAGCUCAAGAAGCUUAUGAGUGCAAAUGCUUCUGACCUUCCACUCAAUAUUGAGUGCUUCAUGAAUGACCUUGAUGUCUCCAGUAAGAUGAACAGAGCUCAGUUUGAGCAAUUGUGUGCUGCCCUUCUGGCCAGAGUGGAGCCUCCUCUUAGAGCAGCCAUGGAUCAAGCAAAACUUCAGCGUGAAGAUAUCUACAGUAUAGAAAUAGUAGGUGGGGCUACUAGAAUUCCAGCAGUGAAGGAACAGAUCUCUAACUUUUUCUGUAAAGAGAUAAGCACCACACUAAACGCUGAUGAAGCUGUUGCAAGAGGCUGUGCCUUGCAGUGUGCAAUUCUUUCCCCAGCUUUUAAAGUGCGUGAGUUUUCCAUCACAGAUGUUGUUCCUUACUCUGUAACAUUGAGAUGGAAAUCAUCUUAUGAAGAAGGAACAGGGGAGUGUGAAGUCUUCAGUAAGAACCAUGCUGCUCCAUUCUCAAAAGUAAUUACUUUUCACAAGAAAGAGCCUUUUGACCUGGAAGCUUAUUAUACCCAUCCGCAUGAAGUGCCUUAUCCUGAUUCCAGAAUAGGGCGUUUCACUAUUCAGAAUGUUGGUCCCCAACCUGAUGGCGACAGUUCCAAAGUGAAGGUGAAAGUGCGUGUCAAUAUCCAUGGCCUUUUCAGCGUGGCUAAUGCUUCCGUAAUAGAGAAGCAGAACAUAGAGGGGGAUCACAGCGACACACCCAUGGACACUGAAUCAUCAAGUAAGAACCAAGGCAGAGAUGAAGAGCUGGAUAAAAUGCAAGUUGAUCAAGAAGAAGGUGUGCAGAAAAGUCAAGCUGAACAACAGAACCAAGCAGAUGAGGAAACUGAAAAUGCUGGAACCGAAACAAAAGCUUCUUCUGGAGAAAAGCAAGAUCAUCCAUCCCAGCCAAAGGCUAAAACAAAAGUUAAGAGUAUUGACCUCCCUAUACAGGCAAGCCUCUAUAGGCAACUGGGACAAGAUCUAAUCAAUUCCUAUAUAGAAAAUGAGGGGAAGAUGAUGAUGCAAGACAAGCUUGAGAAAGAAAGAAAUGAUGCUAAGAAUGCUGUUGAAGAGUAUGUGUAUGAAUUCAGAGACAAGCUGUGUGGAGUCUUUGAGAAAUUUAUCACUGAAGAAGAUUCAAACAAGCUGACCUUGAUGUUGGAGGACACCGAAAAUUGGCUUUAUGAAGAUGGAGAGGACCAGCCAAAACAAGUAUACAUGGAUAAGCUUCAGGAACUAAAAAAAUUUGGACAGCCUAUUCAGGAAAGAUGCAUGGAACAUGAAGAGAGACCAAAAGUUCUAAAUGAACUGGGAAAGAAGAUUCAGCUCCUUAUGAAAGCAGUAGAAGCAUAUAAAAAUAAGGAUGAAAAAUAUGAUCACCUAGAUCCUGCUGAGAUGGAAAAAGUUGACAAAUACAUCAAUGAGGCUAUGAAUUGGCUGAACAGCAAAAUGAAUGCCCAGAAUAAACUAAGUCUGACUCAGGAUCCAGUUGUGAAAGUGGCAGAAAUACUGGCAAAAUCUAAGGAAUUGGAUAGCUUCUGUAAUCCCAUUAUAUACAAGCCCAAACCGAAGAUAGAACCUCCCAGUGAUGGGCAGUCAAAAGCUAAUGGUGAACACAACGGACCAGUGAAUGGACAGAGCGGUACUGAAACAAAACCUGAACCAGCAAAGGACAACCCUCAGCAGACCAAACCCUCUGGAGAAAUGGAAGUGGACUAAAUUUUGCAUUUCUUUUACUUAAUUAAAAUAGUGCAAGUAACCACAGGGUCCAUUCUUUUUGUCUGGUACACACCUCAGAUGUUCAGUUAUUCUUAGCCAAACUUCUGUCAUUUGUUGAUGAGUAGUUUUGAAAGUAUUUUAUAUUAAGUACACCUCUGAUGUUCAUUUCCACUGAUGCUGCUUAUGUGGAGCUUUAGCCAAAUGUAGAUUGUAUAAGUCAGUUUAAGCUUUCCUGAUAUAUUUUAUAUCAAACAUACAGAAUUGAUAUAUAAAUGGCAACAAUCUACCUUAUUUAAAGCUUUUAUUGUGAAUAAACCUCAGCUCCUUUAUUCAGGAAAGGAUACUGUAUUGCACUACUGAUGCUCAAGUGUAGAUCUAAUCGCAUCAUUAUUUUGGAAAAAUAUUGGAAUUGAAGUGGCAAAAGCUGUCACUUGAAGCACUGACCUUUUCUAGUUAUUGUAUUGUUAUAAUUUAAAUAUUAAAAUAGAGGUUAGUUGGCAUACCAGUCGAUCUUGUUGAUGUACCAUGGGAAUUGUACGGUCUUUUUCAUAUAAACCGAAUAAUACAAGCUUAAAUGUGUUUCUUUUUUUAGGUUCCCGUACCACUAACAAUCUUAGUUACAAACAGCUCCAGUAUAGUGGCUCUGCCAUGUGCUGAAAUUCAUGGUCUUGGUGCACACCGCUGUACAUAAUGUACUGUGCUUAUGAUAGGAUGAUGCUAAUGAUAAUAGGAUGAAAGGUUAGAAUUCACAAGGCCUGUUGUGUAGCUUUCCCUUGAAAAUGUCUUAUUGCACUUGUUACUAUUUCCACUUCUUUUGUUUUGAAUUAAAUUUACAUCGUGUCUCAUGCUGGGAAGGAGAAACAACAGAAAUGGUGCUGCACAAGCUGGAUAUCAGCACCCUGAUUUUGAGUUUGCUUAAAUGCUGUUUAGUGCAGUCUUGAAAGAAAUGCUGAGAACUUAUUUAAGCCUUGGUAUUCAGCAUGUAAAGCUUUUGGUCUAGGACCAAAAAAACCCUGGAUAUUACUGCUGCAAAGAUGGAAUCUACUUGAUGAACUUGCAUAGCUUACCACUUAUUUUUGGUCGUUUAGUUAUCUAAUGAAAGUGUCUACAAUGUAUUGCUAUUUUCUUUGAUACAUCUUAAACACUGUCAGAGUCCAGUGUAUGUUCCUAUAUUCCAGAUGCGUCUGUUGGUUACCAAGGUACUGUAGCACUUGCUAGAGCCAGUCACUGUUGACUUCAAACAGCUUCUCUAUUACCGGAAUGGGAAUGGGCUACUCUAACUAUGAAAAGUGGUUUCUGAUUCCAGUCAGCAUAAGAAACUGGGAUUAGUUGCAGUGUAAUGCUUCGGUGACUUGAACUGUGUUGCAGAAACAAAUUUAGGUGUGUUCAGGUGUUAAUUAGGCACUCCUGCAGCAGUUCUCCUGUGUGAGGUGUUGUUGUUGUAAACAAGUGAAGAAUCAUGAUCUUGUUUCUGGCUUUGGCAGCCAUUUUAUCUCCAGCCAUGUCCUUCAUCUUCCAUCACUGUUCAUACUACAAAAAGUAAUCCAUGACCAGUAGUAGAAGUAAAUUAAACUCUCACAUAUCUUCACAGAAAAAGGAAGCACCAUUUACAGCUGUACAUAAACCUGCCAGACUAGUUCAGGUUCUAGAAUUGCAUCUUCAUGACUGACAUCAAGUGACUGAAAUGAACUCUACUGACUGUUGCUCCUCCAUGCACUCAAGUGUGGAUGAGUUGACACCAUAAGUUUACAUAUGUGAAGUCCUUGAACAAAAACAGUGACCUUGAAGAGCUGCUCUGCAGCCACUCUGCAACCUCAGUCUUGAAUUCUGCCACUCUAGUCACACCUCUGGCACUGAGGGGGUGACUGUAAUUCAGCAUCAGUUGUCCUAAGUUUAAGUCAGUAAUGACUGAGCUAGCUUUGGUCCUGUAGGCUUUUAACACCAUUAAUAUCUUUUUGACUUUUACCACAGCAGUGUAAUGAGCAGCAUUCUUAAGUAUUGGCUUAAAAUCCGUCUACACGUUAAUUUGUCUAGUAGACUUCCUGAUGCCUGGCAGAAGAGCUCACACAGCAGAAAUCUGUGCAAGAACAGAGUAUCUUCUGCUCAUGGUCAUCAGAAGCUUAAUACUACAUUAGAAAUGUUUGAAGCAAUUCUUAGGAUAAGGUCUAGAACAGCACGCUUAAAAGCAGAUAUGGUUCAGACAAACAAUUGCAAAGUUUUCUUACUAGGAUAGGGUUUUUUUGCUAUGCAUCUGGUCUGUCUCUAGAUCCUUGGUGAAGAGGAAUGCUGCCCACAGACUGCGAACAGCAACUGGUUGCUGAGGUACAUGUUAGGAAUCCCUUUGAGAAGGGUUCUUUCCACGGUGAGCUUCACAUUAAAAUAUGAUUUGUUAAUAUGUAAUCUGUUUUCUGUUACAAAGAGGAGAUUUUACCAAGGCAGAUCUAAGAUUAAGUACUUACAUAAGCUGUGCACAACUUGAAUGUGAGGCUUUGUGUGUCAGACUCAAAAAGUGAGUUACUCUGUGGCUACUCUGACAGCACCAGAAUGACUAUCUUUGCAACAUAAAAUUUGUUAGGAAACCAACAGUAGUGUGCUACUCUGCAUCUGGGAUAUUUUAAAAGCAAGUACUUGUCAAUAAUGUCUUAUUUGGAACUUUCUGCUGAGGGCAAGAUACAUCUUGAAUGUUUGAAAAUGUUCCCUUAAACAUUUGAAAAUGUUUUCAUUUUGAAACAUCCCUCAAAAAAAACAAAAAAAAAUGAAGUGACACUAUCUUUGUAAAGGCAGUAGAGUUUGUUGGGAUUUUUUUUAAAUUACAGUAAUCACAUAGUUACAAACCAGCAGCAAUACUUUGUUUCAUUUUACUAAUAAGAUCUUUCUUUCAAGAGGACUGAUUCUCUCCUGUAUGGACCUUUAAUGGACUUAUUCAAGAAAUGGCUUUAAAAUAAUUUGUGUUAAUUUUCUUUACUAAACUAAGUUGCUGCUAGCUAUUGUACAACUGAUUCAUGGGUUCCUUUCCAUGUUUUUUAUUAUAGUACUUCAGAAUUUCAGGAGUUGCUUCAAGAUUCAUGCAGAUGUAAGAAACAGACUUUUAACUAUACAUUUAAGUUAAGCUUUUAUACAGUUCUUUCUUUAAGCUCCUGCUCCAUGACAAAAUACCCCACUAGGAGCUGCCUGCAUUGUUUGGUCUGAAUUUGAAUGUGUCUGCAUUUGAAUAAAGACUCCUCUCCCUUGCUUGCUCCUGGCAGUGCCCUUCUUCCAAUGUUUAAAUACUGCCUUUGGGGCAUGCUUGCAAAACUUGGAGAGGGCAGUUGGGAGAAUCCUCAAAGGCCCUUUGGGUGAAAAACCCACUUGCCUCACAAGAUCAUGUGGUAGCACAAGGUGCCCCUGUCUCUGGUAUGGCAGCGUACUGUGUACCUUGUAGUGUGUGGGAUGAAGGUUUUGCUUCUUCCAUGCAAAAUUAGAAGCUGUUGAUGUAAAGCAUCCACUCUGUUGGUAGGAUUCCUUUGUAUCUUCAACAUUUGAAAUUCUGUAAUGUUUUUAAAGAUCUCAGUGUGCUGAACUCCCACCUCUGCUACAGAUUGUUACACUGUUCUUCAUUAUUCUAUAUUUGAAGUGGGGAUUUUCCUGUAAGGAUUAUGUUGAAGCGUAAUUUCAGGAAACAAGCAAGGAGCUGGCAGGAGACUUUUCUUCCUAUGUAUUUUUUGACACCAGUGCGAAAACUUUACAGCCUUAACAAACCUUGGCAUCUACACUUCUCAGAGCUUUGUCAAAGCAUCAAAACACGAAGCUGUGUUGCAAAUGUGCUGCAUUUGCUGGUUCAAAGCACCUACCCAGUUGCUGUAGGAAAAGAUGCUAAAUUUAAUUCCCAUAGAUUAGUGCCAUAGAUUAGAACCUCUUUCCUCAAAAUAGGACUUUCAUUGCUGCGUAACCACACUGUAAUACUUCAAUACACUGACUUCUGUGAGCCUUUCUAAAGUGAAGCCCAGAUGCCCAACCUUCAGUUGUGGAUCAGUAUUAAGGUCUGCAUGUUCUAAGGAUGCUUACAUUAGCUGCCACUAGCUGAGUUUAUAAGUGGAUGGAGAAAUAUUCUGGGUUUUGUUACUUGUAAGUUUUCUAGUCCUUCAGGCACCAGGAGACAUAACCUCUCUGUCAAAAGAGGUAGUAAAAAACGUUGCUUAACAAAAGGUGUUAAUGCCUCAUAAAUUUUAAGUUCAGCUCCCAAGAUAGCAUUUGGAGUAUAAACACAAGCUCUCAGUAGCUAGAGACUGUGUGGUGGCUGACUCUUAGCUGAAUUCUUAAUUCUCCAGAGUUGAAAUUUGAAGACUUCAGCCACUUCCUACACAUGUAAAUAACAGUGAAAACAACAAAAUGUGACUAUUAGCACUGCAGAAUACUAAACCAGGAAUGUGCUCAAUGUGAUUUCCCUAAUACAGAUGCUAAACUGUGUUUUCCUUCUUUCCUGGUCAGAAGGAAAUAAUUUCAAGCAGUGAAAACCAGGAAUCAUUGCAUUGAAAUUGAUGAAGAAUCAUUUUAAACAAAAAUGUAGUUAAGAGCUAUACCCACCAGCCACCUUUACAAAGUGUUGAAAUGGUUUAUUUAAGUUGAUUUUAAAAGGUGGUACUCUCUGAAUGUUGCAUAGUUGGAAAGUUUGUUUACAAAGUCUAUAAACAUAUCUCCACAGGCUGAAGGGGGAGGAGAUGGAGGUGUCAGAAUUUAAAGCGGUGUUAAGGUAUGCAAAAUGUUUACUAUGUAUGUAAAUGGGAUUAUUAGUAGAUCAUGUGCAAAUUGACAAUACUUCAAUUUAUUUUUGAAUGGCAAUAUAGAUUGUCAAGGUUGUGUAUAAUUAUAAUAAAUAUAUAAACCGCUACUUGAACCAUAAA